CAUGACAGAUUUCUGGGAGAUUUGAAAAAGAAAGCGACCAACAAGGCACACAUUGAGGCUUCAAUUUGUCAAGCAUAUAUUCAACAAGAAACCUCAACGUUUUCAUCUUUUUAUUUUGAGCGUGAAGUAAUCAGUAAAAGAAAGAGACCUGCUCGGAACGAUGACAUUGGCGAGGAUUCAUAUGAUAAAGUAGUUUCUAUUUUCAACUACCCAGGUAGAGGUAAAGGAGCUGCGACUUACCGUUACAUCGUGGGCGGAGAAAUGAAAAUUGCACAUACUUACAUCCUCAUGAAUUGUCCAGAAAUCUUACCAUUUUAUAAUGAAUUUAGAGCGUCUUUAUCAACAUUUCCUGAUGAUGCAAUUGAUGCAAUGGUGGACUCUGACUUUGCAUUAUGGUACCAACAGCAGGUAUUAUAUAUAUAUAAAUACAUUAUAUAUACUAUUAGCUAGUAAUUUUUAAUCAUUACCUAAUGUUAUCAUGUUUUAAUUUGCAGAUCAGGUACCGUGGGAUUAACGACCCUCUGUUAGUAUCAUUAUCGUGGGGCCCUUCUUCCUAUGCAAAGGUUUGGC